UGUGUAGUAACUGAGAUGGAGAUGUUCAGUUACAGCACUGCUGGUGGAGCAGCAAACCAGGGUGCUCUUGGACCGUUUGGUUUGUUGGUUCUUGCAGAUGAGAGCCUUUCUGAGCAGACUCCCAUUUACUUCUAUGUUGCCAAAGGAGCUGAGGGCAAGUUGAAGACUUUCUUCUGUGCUGAUGAAUCAAGGUCUUCAAAGGCAACAGAUGUGAUGAAACCAAUUUACAGAAGCACAGUUCCAGUGCUCAAAGGAGAAAAGUUCAGCAUGAGAAUAUUGUCUAUUGCAGCCUUAAAGAGGGGGGCAUAUCUGCUAAAGUAUGGACGCAGAGGGAAGCCGAAGUUUUGUCCAUUCCGGCUUUCUACUUUACGCUGA